UUCCCUCUUCUCCCCAGUCUUCCCACUGCCACACAGUCUCCCCAGACAGCUGGCUCCCACAGAUCUGUACACACUUACUUACAAAGGCUGGGAAGGGUUAGACACCAUCUGGGUACUCUCAGUCCUCCCUUCCCCUCCUCCCUCACCCCGAGUCUCCCCCCAUACUGUCCUCCCCCACCUCCAGUUGACCAUGGCAUCAGAAGCAGAAAGAACAUUCCAGCGGUUUGCUGUCUUUGGAGGAUCGUCAAGCAGUGGCACUGAAAUGAACAACAAGAACUUCUCCAAGCUGUGCAAAGACUGUGGCAUCAUGGAUGACAAGAGGGUCACCUCCACUGACGUGGACAUCGUGUUCAGCAAAGUCAAGGCCAAGAAUGCCCGAACCAUCACUUUCCAACAGUUCCAGGAAGCAAUGAAAGAACUGGGCCAGAAGCAGUUCAAGGGGAAAAGCCCGGAUGAAGCCCUGGAGAACAUUUAUAGACUCAUGGAGGGCAAGGACCCAGCUACCACCGGUGUUACUAAAGCAAUGACGGUGGGAGGGGUGAGCCAGCUGACGGACACCAGCAAGUACACGGGCACCCACAAGGAGCGCUUUGACCAGAGCGGCAAGGGCAAAGGCAUCGCGGGACGGGAGGACAUGACUGACAACUCAGGCUACGUGAGUGGCUACAAGGGUGCUGGCACCUAUGAUAAGAAGGGCAGCAGCUAGGGAGUAGCGUCAUCUUAGCCUGCCGGCCCUCGACCCUGCAUCUUUAACGCCAGGGAGCUUGGGGGACAAUAAACAUCUGUGUGUGCAGCAGC